AUGAGUUGUACAUAUCGAAACAACUAUUUCGAAUCCGAUGAAUUUCUGGAACUUGCUUUACAUAGUUUGUCUGUUAUUCAAGUACCACUCCAUACUUUGGGAGCUUACAUAAUCGUUAUGAAGACCCCAAAUGAAAUGGGAAAAAUGAAGAUUGCUAUGCUGUUAGUGCAUUUGACAUUCGCUUUAUAUGACAUAUACACAACAACACUUGCUUUCCCAGUAAUAAUAUUCCCAAUUUGUUCUGGUUAUUCGAUUGGAGUACUUUCAUCUAUUGGGAUGCCCUUAUCGAUCCAAUGUUACAUCGGACUUACAUUGUUUUUACUUUAUGGACCAGCUGUCACUAUGUUCUUCGAAAAUCGAUACAAUUAUUUGCCUUAUGCAACUCAUUAG